GUUUCCAAUUAUUGCUAUUUUAAAAAUGAUGGAAUAUUAAAGUACAAUAUCCAGUGACUGGAAAGCUCCGUUGCUCUCUUCCGCCAAUGCGGCGAUGCCUCUCCCCGCUAUCUUCUCUUCCGCCGCCGCCGGCGUACGGAUGCCCACCGCACCGUGGAUGACAUCCCCUCUCAUCCUCCCCGCCGACCAAAUCCUCGACCUCUCGAAACCUAGAAAGAAGAACCCCUCUGCAGACGAAGGAAACGCCUCUCACCACUUCCUCACCUCCGGCAUCCGCGGCGGCCGGAGCCGGGAAGCUAUGCGGAAGAUCCUCAAGAGCGUCUCCCUCCUCCGGAAAACCCUUCCUCCGUUACCCGAGCCGGACGAUCUAGGGCAAGAGGCGUCGGCCGAUUUCACGCUUCCGCUGAACGUUCUGGAUGCGAUUUCUGCAUCCGAAGCAGGCGAUGAUCGGAGCAGAAAGUAUCCGUGGGCGACGGGGAAUGAGGAGAGGCUGGCGAUUCGGAGGCUGAGGAAGAAGCGGAUUCAGCCGGCGGCCGAGAUGGUUCUGCCGGCGGUGGAGCUGGAGAGGCUGAGGGGGGAGGCGAUGAAGAUGAGGAAAUGGGUCAGAGGAAAGAAGGCUGGGGUGACGCCGGAGGUGGUUAAGGGGAUACGGAGGGCGUGGAGGAAGAAGGAGCUCGCCAUGGUGAAGAUUGUCGAUCCCCUGCGCCAGAAUAUGGUCCGGGCCCACGAAAUUGUUGAGGCUAAAACAGGAGGUUUAGUUGUGUGGAGAAAGAAGGAUGUUAUUGUCCUCUAUAAAGGAGAAGACUAUCAGAGGUGCACAAAAGCAUUACCAACUCUCAAUCCUUAUGUGGAGCUAUCUUCAUCAAAGUUUGAUAGCUCCAAUGGGUCGAUCGAUGCGUCCCUUUACGAGAGGGAGUCGAAUAGAUUGUUGGAUGGACUCGGUCCUCGAUUUAUCGAUUGGUGGCGGCCAAAGCCGUUGCCCGUUGAUGCCGACUUGCUUCCAGAAAUCGUUCGUGGAUUUAAGACUCCAUUCCGCUUGUGCCCUCCUUAUGAAUGGAAAAGAUUGUCUGAUGAUGACUUGACGUACCUGAGGAAACUCGCUCGCCCAUUGCCAACGCACUUUGCUCUCAGUAAGAACACAAAGCUUCAAGGCUUGGCUUGUGCCAUAAUGAAGCUGUGGGAGAGAAGUCUUAUUGCCAAAAUUGCCAUUAAGGUUGGAAUCCAAAACACCAAUAGCCAGCAAAUGGCAUGGGAGCUAAAGCGUCUAACAGGAGGAGUUCUGAUACUGCGAAACAAGUUCUAUAUUAUUUUGUAUCGAGGGAAGGAUUUCCUGCCAACCAGUGUGGCUGACUCAGUUCUAGAGAGAGAAGCACAUGUUCAAGCCCAACACUUAUCAGAAGAAAAAGCUUGUUCAAAAGCCGCAGAGUUAUUUCAUGAAAGCAUCAGGUUAGAGAGAAAAACUAGCAGCCUUGGAACUUACAGGGAGUUUCAACACAUUAGAGCCAACUACAGUUCAGUAAACAAUGUGGUCUGCAAGGGAGAGCUUAAAAUCGCCGCUGAAAUCGAAAAUUUGAAGAAGACUUUACGAGAGCACGAACGUGGUCUCUUCAUCCUGAAAGUGAAGUUAGGGAAAUCAGAAAAGGUUUUAAGAAAGCUUAGUUCUUCUUGGAGUCCUUCAGAACUUUCUGCAGACAGAGAACUCCUUACAGAAGAGGAAAGAGAGUCACUAAGAAAGAUUGGCAUGAAAAUGGAUAAAAUUUUGUUGCUAGGAAGGAGAGGAAUAUAUGAUGGUGUGAUUGCAAGCAUUCACCAGCACUGGAAGCACAGAGAAGUUGUGAAGGUGAUCACAAUGCAGAAGAUAACAGAACAGAUAACUCACACAGCUAAGCUGCUUGAGAUAGAGAGUGGUGGGAUAGUCGUUGCACUUGAAAAACAAGGAAUACGGCACGCCAUUAUUCUUUACCGCGGGAGAAAUUACAGGCGGCCAUUAGAGCUGAAACCAGAGCAUCUACUAACAAAAAGAGAGGCGCUUCAGAGAUCAGUUGAGCUUCAGAGACGAGGGUCAUUGAAAUUUUUCGCAAAGGAGAGGGAGCAAUACAUCCAGGAGCUGAAAAGAAAACUGAGAGAGCUUGAGCAAAGAGCAGGAGGCUGACAACUGAUUUGAACCAAGAAGAUUUAAUUCAUAUGUUUAUUAAACUUAGGGAGGAUACUAUUAUGUCAACAUUGAGAAAUGCUUCCAGGAAAUUUUAGUUCAAUUGUAUGAAAAUGCAUUGUGUCGGUACUCUGCUGUCUAUUUUCAGUUCAAAUAUGCAUCAAAUCUGUGCAUCAGCUUGAGAUGAGUGCUGGGCAUGAAGAAUCAAAUGUUUUUACAUAUCAACCAUAUUAAUCUGUACUUCAUUUCUUAAAAGUCUAGUGGUAUUUUU